UUCUACACGCAGAGAGACAGAAGAGAGGGAGGUCUGUCUCUGUACAUAAAAGCUCUCCUUCGAAACAGAAACAGAAACAGAACAUUAAUCAAUCAAAGCCUCUCCAUUGGCCUUACAAUACGGAGCCCCGCACAAUCCAACCGACGGUUCCAUCGCAUUCUCUUUUUCUCUCCCUCCCUAAAUGCAAAACCCUUCUUUCUCUUCUUCUUUUUAUCUCUCUUUUCUCUCCGUUGCUUUCCCCAUUCUCCUUUUUCCGCAUUGGCUUUUUCCUUCUUUCUUUUGAUGUUCUAACUGGUCCUGCCAUGUCGUCUUCCGGUGCCGUUCUGAGCAACUCCUGCAACUGUAGCCCACUACCCCCCGCCGGGGGGCCCACCACGACCAGGCGACGAGUGGCGGACCUCUUCAUGGACGCCGAGAAAUUCUCCAACUUCCCCGACCACGUACACGACCACGACGACCCCUGUUCCAACGGCUACAACUGUGGGUCCCACAUUCUCCACCACCACCAAUAUUAUUUCCACCACCCCGUGAUAAGGUAUCUCCUGCUUCGCUCGCGGGCGUUCUUCUCUUUGCCCGACGCUUGGCUGCUCCGCAUUGAGAAUGUGCUCCUCUCGAUGGCCGUGAUGGUACGGUCGUUGAGAUCCGGGAAGAACAUAGGCCGUAAGAUCUUCGGGUUGCUGAUGCUGAUGGCGGUCGUAUCGGUGUUCGUUAAGGUCUUGUUCCUGGGCAGCCACGCCGAGUUGAGCGGGAAGAGGAUUGAUAACGGGCUCUUGAUCGUACAGACCUUCAAAGAUGAUUCGACAAUGGCUCAACGCGCAGUCACAGAGACCCAAACCUCCAUUCCGAAGCGGGCUCUCGAGAGAUUGCCUACUUCAGAAAUAUGGAUGAAACCAAAUAGUGAAGACUUUUACCAAUGCAUUGCUCGACCCGGGAAUCGAAUACGAACGGACUCAAACACGAAUGGCUAUCUUCUUGUUCAUGCCAAUGGUGGAUUGAAUCAGAUGAGAACAGGGAUAUGUGAUAUGGUUGCUGUUGCGAAGCUAAUGAAUGCUACUCUGGUUCUUCCUUCUCUGGAUCAUGAUUCAUUUUGGACUGAUCCAAGUGAUUUUGAAGAUAUCUUUGACUCAAGACACUUCAUAGAAGUUUUAAAGGAUGAUAUCGAGAUAGUAGAGCUUUUGCCACCAAAGUAUGCAGCAGUGAAACCCCUUCUCAAGGCCCCAGUUUCCUGGUCUAAGGCUAGUUACUACAGGAAGGACAUGCUUUCAUUGUUGAAGAAACAUAAGGUGAUAAAGUUUACCCACACUGAUUCUCGACUGGUCAACAAUGGCCUAGCUUCCUCCAUUCAGAAGCUCAGGUGCCGCGCCAAUUAUGAGGCUCUCCGGUACACAAAAGAGAUUGAAGAUUUUGGGAGGAUUUUGGUUGAUAGAUUGAGGAAAAAUAAUGAGCCAUAUAUUGCUUUGCAUUUAAGAUAUGAGAAAGACAUGCUUGCUUUCACUGGCUGCAGCCACAACCUUACAGCAGAAGAGGCAGAAGAACUUAAGAUUAUGAGGUACAAUGUUAAGCAUUGGAAGGAGAAAGAGAUAAAUAGCCAUGAACGACGACUCCAAGGGGGAUGCCCAAUGUCCCCAAGAGAAGCAGCCCUUUUCCUCAAGGCCAUGGGUUACCCUUCCACUACAACUAUCUAUAUAGUUGCAGGAGAGACAUAUGGCAGCAAUAGCAUGGACGCCUUCCGUUCCGAGUACCCUAAUGUCUUCUCUCAUUCAAAUCUUGCGACAGAAGAAGAGUUAGAAUCCUUUGAAUCAUACCAGAAUCGCCUGGCAGCCUUGGAUUAUAUUGUGGCACUUGAGAGUGAUGUCUUUGUUUAUACAUAUGAUGGAAAUAUGGCAAAGGCAGUACAGGGACAUAGGAGGUUUGAAGGAUUUCGAAAGACAAUCAACCCUGACAGAUUAAAUUUUGUUAGACUGAUAAAUCAGCUGGAUGAGGGAGCAAUAUCUUGGGAAGAGUUUUCUUCAGAGGUUAAGAAUUUGCAUUCCAACAGGAUUGGAGCACCAUAUCCUAGACAAGCACGAAGACAGUCACCGAGGCUGGAGGAGAAUUUUUAUGCAAACCCUUUUCCUGGCUGUGUGUGUAACAAGUAUCAGCCUUAUCAGGAGCAACAACUUAAUAGACUAGGACUUGACCAGAUACGUCUUAAGGCUGCUGCGGCACAAAGAUAGGGGUUUUGUUUCUUCUUGA